GCCUUAUUUAUUUUUAAAUAUUACUGACGCGGGUGGGGUCUCUGGGCUGCAGCCCGUUUUGCGUAAGGUUCUAGAAUCUAGGCUACGGGACGCAAAUGUUGGUCACAUAUAUAAGCAACUGCACAGCCACAUCACAAUCAUUUGCAUCCUGCUUGGCUUGGUAAAGGACCUCUUUGCUUUCUUUGGAGAACGUAGCAUUUUAACUCUUAAGGUAUUCUAGAGAAAAAAUGGCUACCAAAAGGCCCCACUCCGAUUGCGACGAGGAGCCUCCAAGGAAGAGAAUGAGAGCGAGCCCCGAGUAUGAAAGUACUGACGAGCUGAGCACGGCAGACCACAGUACCAAAGAUCAUAGUACUGAAGCGUCUUGCGGUGGCGCCGGCGACUGCGGUUUCAGGAGACCCUGCAAAGACCGACUGGAAGACCUGUACCACCAGGGGGUGCUGCUGGGACAGGGUGGUUUUGGGUCGGUCUAUGCCGGAACUCGAAAGAGCGACGGCCUCCCAGUGGCCAUAAAAUAUGUGACAAGGGACGAGGAGGAGCUAAAAGUGCCUGGACUUGACCCCAUCCCUCUGGAGGUGGCGCUGAUGAUGCACGUUAGCCCCGAGACAUCGUGUGCAAACGUGCUGAAGCUUCUUGACUGGUUUGAGGGGCUCGAUGAGUACAUUAUGAUUCUGGAAAGGCCAGAUCCCUGCCAGGAUCUCUUCCAAUUCUGCUUGUCAAAGGGAGGGUUCCUGUCAGAGGAUCUGGCCAGACACGUGGUGGCGCAAGUGCUCCAGGCCUUGCGCCACUGCCAGAAACAUAAUGUGCUUCAUCGAGACCUCAAACCGGAAAACCUCCUCAUACAAAUGCAGUCUCUACAGGUGAAAUUAAUAGAUUUUGGCUGUGGAGACAUUUGGAGGGAUUCGGUGUACACC